GGGAGGCAGAGCCGCGGGCGGGCGGCGGCGGGCGCGGAGCAGGGAGGAACGGAGAGAAACGGAGACACAGCGAUUGGCUGGGCACGGCACGGCACGGCGCGGCCCCGGGGUGCAACACCGCAGCGGGGGCUCUGCGGGGCCCGGUGUGAGGCUGGCUGACGCCGCGUGCGGGGGCGGCCGGCAUCAUCAUGACAACAGAAAAGAGCCCAGCAGCCGACGCUGACAACUCAGAGCAGCAGCAAGCCAAGGAGGAGGAAGGAGCUGCUGAAACACAGAAGCAAGAGGCUUCCCAGGAGGAAGGGGCUCAACCAACACCAGAGAGACAGCCCCAGAGGCAGAAGGCCUCCAACGGAGACACCCCCACGCACGAGGAGCAGAGCAAGAAAGAACAUCGCACGUCUGAGGGCCGGGGUCUCUCCCGCCUUUUCUCCUCCUUCCUCAGGAGGCCCAAGUCUCAGGUAUCUGAAGAGGACAAAGACACUGAUGCUCCUAAACAGGCAGGAGGUGACCAGGAUGCAGGAUUAGGAGCCAGCCCUGAUGAAGACAUCCUGGUGAAAGCCCCGAUUGCAGCUCCUGAGCCCGAGCUCAAAACCGACCCAUCACUGGAUCUCCAUUCCUUGAGCAGUGCAGAAACACAGCCUGCUCAGGAGGAGAGGAGGGACGACCAGGAGCCAGAGGGAAGAGACCUCGAGGACAGGGAAGGAGGGGGAGCAAAGGAAGAGGGUGCCAAGCCAGAACUGAAGACAGAGUCUCUGGAGGCUAAAGCAGACAAGGAUUUGAAAGCUGUCCAAAAAGCAGUGAAAAGACACAGAAACAUGUACUGCAAAGUUGGCUUGCUGGAUGACACCAUUUUUGAGUGCUCUGUGGAUAAACACUCCAAGGGACAGGAUCUACUUAAAAAAGUCUGUGACCACCUCAAUCUGCUGGAAGAAGACUACUUUGGUUUGGCCAUAUGGGAGACACCAACCUGCAGGACAUGGCUGGAUCCUGCCAAAGAAAUAAAAAAGCAGGUUCAUGGAGGCCCCUGGGAUUUUACCUUCAAUGUCAAGUUUUAUCCACCAGAUCCUGCCCAGCUAACAGAGGACAUCACCAGGUAUUACCUGUGUCUGCAGCUUAGACAGGACAUCCUUAAAGGGCGGCUGCCUUGCUCCUUUGCCACCUUGGCUCUGCUGGGUUCCUACACGGUCCAGUCAGAGUUGGGAGACUAUGAUCCUGAUCUCCAUGGCCCAGAUUACAUCACUGAGUUCAAACUGGCCCCAAACCAGACAAAAGAACUUGAAGAAAAGGUUGUGGAGCUUCAUAAAACAUAUAGAUCCAUGACUCCAGCCCAAGCAGACCUGGAAUUUCUUGAGAAUGCAAAAAAACUAUCUAUGUAUGGAGUUGACCUUCACCAAGCCAAGGACUUGGAAGGAGUGGAUAUCACUCUGGGAGUCUGUUCCAGUGGCCUUCUUGUUUACAAAGAUAAACUGAGAAUCAACCGCUUCCCAUGGCCCAAAGUCCUGAAGAUUUCCUACAAACGCAGCAGCUUCUUCAUAAAGAUUCGGCCAGGAGAGCAAGAACAGUAUGAAAGUACAAUUGGGUUCAAGCUACCAAGUUACCGAGCAGCAAAGAAGCUGUGGAAAGUAUGUGUUGAACAUCACACCUUCUUCAGGCUGACAUCCACCGAGGCCAUCCCGAAGAGCCGGUUCCUGGCGCUGGGGUCCAAGUUCCGCUACAGCGGCCGGACGCAGGCGCAGACGCGGCAGGCGAGCGCCCUGAUCGACCGGCCCGCGCCCCAGUUUGAGCGCACGGCCAGCAAGAGAGCGUCCAGGAGCCUUGAUGGAGCUAAACGUGCGACUCAAAAGGUUGAGUUCAAAACCGUAGACGAAGAGAAGCAGAAGGAGGUGGUGGUGGUUGAGGUUCCCGAACCAAAACCUGCGGAUCAGAUCCGAGAGAAGCCAGCUGAACACAUUCUUGAAACUUUUGAAAUGAAACCCAUUGCAGAGGAGGAAGAGGAGGAGAAGGUAGAGGUGGUUAAGGUUCCUGUUGUCAAGCCAAAGUCGGCGGAGCUGAUGCAGCCGCGGUCAGCAGUGGCUGUGAUAACCCCAGAGCGGAGUCCCCGGCCCACUUCAGCCCCAGCCAUCGCUCAGAGCCACCCUGCAGAGCCAGCCUCAGCUAAGUCCGACGUGAAGGACGUGGCCACAUCCAAAGUAGGGAAGGAAACAGCAAAAUCUGAUGUGAGACGUGAAGAAUUUCCACUGGAGAAACCCAAGGAGCCAGUGGAUGCCUCAAGGGUGAGGAAAACACACAUUGAGAUCACAGUCCCCACCACGAAUGGUGCCCAACCCCAGCAGCAGCCUGCAGAAAAAGAGGAAGAGCUGAUAAGAAUGAGGAAGAAGAGAUCAAAGAGGCUAGAUGGUGAAAACAUUUAUAUCAGGCAUAGCAAUUUAAUGUUGGAGGAUCUAGAUAAGACCCAGGAAGAAAUAAAGAAGCACCAUGCCAACAUCAGUGAGUUGAAGAAGAACUUCAUGGAGUCUGUCCCAGAGCCUCGGCCGAGUGAGUGGGACAAACGUUUGUCCACCCACUCCCCUUUCCGAAGCCUCAACGUCAACGGGCAGAUUCCCACGGGAGCGGAUGGAGUCAAGAAAGUCACUGUCCCAUCUUCUGAGAGACAGUCUCCCAGCUACUUUCUCCCGAAUUCUCACCACUUAGGGGUGUGCAAAGAACCAGUCCCAAAAUACCGCACUGACCAGAGGAGGUUGGCUCAGCUGAGGGAGCUUAGAGCCAAGUUUUUCCUCUCCUAAGUACACUUGGGUUUGACCGGGGCUGGCAAACUAAAGGGAUGCAGAGUUAUUGAACAGCAACAUUCCCACAAUCUUUCCUUUCUUCAGCAGAAGUGCUGAAGCCCUUGCAUGGUCCUGUGUGCUGAUUUACUCAUUCUGGAUUUUUAUCCUUCUUUAGACUCCAGAAACAAAAAUGCUAAAACACAGAGCAAAAUCCCAGGUGUUUGCACUGCUCCUACUGCCACCCUGCCUGUUCCAUGUGUGGGAUUUCUAAGAUUUACAGUUUUUCACUUGUUCAGUAGAAUUUUAAAACCAAUCAAAAUUUUUGAUACUUUGGUCAGAACUUUGAAAAAAACUUUUUGUGUCUGCUCUGCAGUCUGGCUGUUCCAUGGGAUUUUCCAAACGUUGAGUUUUAAGGGCACUGUAAUUAGGAAGCUGUCCAAGUUCAUAUUUUAUACUGCACCAUUCCCAUUUCAAAUGCCUCAGACUUUUUUCUUAUUAAUUCCAAAACACUCUGGAAGUUUUUGGGCAUCCACUUUUCUGGGAGGGCAGGCACAAACACCCAUGGUCCUGAUGCAGAUGUUGAUGGGCUCUGCAGAGAGAACAUGGUUCUGUAGUUCCAGGGCUGGUGUGACCAGUGGCUCUGCUCCCCAGGGCAGUUUAUUUUAUGUUGAGAAGAGCUGCCCUAAUGCUUUGCACAUCUCCAAGUGUCAUUUUGGGCACUUUCCAUCUGUCAUUUUUGUUCAUCUCUCUCUGUCUUUCUUGAUCUUCUACCAUGAAAGCAGACACGGGAACGGCCUCUGUUAGUACAGGAUGAAGACAAACUAAAAAAGCAGGAGAUAUCUACUGAGACAGCCUUUUCCCGGCCAGCAAGUGAAACAACUCUUCCAAAGGUUUCUAUUGCAAUCCUUGAAGACCAGAAAUCACUCAAAAAGUGUCAGCUGUACUCUAGCAUUUUUCCUUCUCCACGUAUUCCCUUUAUGAUGUCCUUCCUCCUGGUUGUAGCACUGACUGUUUGGUGGCUGCUCUUUCUCUGAGUGGCAACAGGGUCGUGUUGAAGCCUCAAGACCAAAGCUCCUGAAUUUCUUGGCUGUAGUCUCUGCUUCAUCUUCCUUGUCCUGGUCUUUGAUCUCCGUAGUUCACUGUCCCAGGGAGGGACACCCUGUGACUGUCGUGUUAAUCCUGCUGUAUGUCCUUGUGUGGCUGUGACAGGACCUGGCAGGAGUGGUUGUGGAUUGCCAGGUCCAUUCUCAAGUUUCCUGUGGUGCAAAAGCAAAUUCUUUUAACUGUGUUCCCAACUGCUGUGGGAGGGCAGAUGGGGCAGGAAAUCAUGGGAGGAGAGUCUGAUUUCCCAAGGUCCUGAAGAUUUCCCAUAGGAAUUGCUGGAGAAUUGCUUCUAAGCUUGUUUUAAAUGUAGGGUAUUUACAAGCUGAAGAACAUUUGACACUGAUCUAAAAGGGGCUUUACAGGAAUCUGCUGAAUCACAGAAUCCUGGAAUGGUUUGGGGUUGGAAGGGCCCAUAAGGAUCGUUCCACCCCCUGCUAUGGGCAGGGAACCUUCCCCUGGACCAGGUUGUUCUAAGUCCUGUCCAAUCUGGUCAUGAACAAUUCCAGGCAUGGGGAGUCCACAGCCUCUGUGGCCAGCAAGAGGUCAGCUCUCUAGGAAGAACAUUGGAAUCUAAUCCAUAACCACUCAAUUUCUAGGAAACUCAGAUCAGCAUUUAAAUAAAAGGUGCUGGUUCUCACUGCUGCUCUUGGUAAUAGCUUAGGGACAGGGUCAGCUUUUCAUUUCCUAGUAGGGGAAGCCUUUGACAAAGUAUCCCACCUUCCCUCUCCACCCCUAUUCUCAUAUCCAAGAAAAUACAUAGUGUUAUAGGAGAAAACCCGUUGCAAGGAGAUAUUUAUUGUAAACAUACAUUAGUAUUUUUUUUGAAAUCUGAUGGUUUUGGUGCACUUGAGAUGUGUUUUAUUUAAUUUGUGUGGAACUAACUGACGCAUGUUUACUCAGGUCACGGGGAUGGAGUCACCAGGUGUUUGAGCAUUCUCUCUGUUGGCAUGUUGGCUUGGCCACAGCAGGACACACUUCUAAUGUUAAAGCCCUCGAUUGUUUUUGACUCCUUUAACCAAACCGUUGCAUGCUGGUUGUUGUUUAUUGCUUACAAUGUCAGUGUCUGGAUGAUGCUCCCAUAUAUCCAGGUUAUCCUGGCUGAGCUGUGCAGGCUCCAGCCAAGCUGGACUGAGCAGAACUGGUGUGUGAGCUGAAGGGAAGGUGGGACUUUGUGUCUAAGGGGUUUCUUUUCUGUAAAUAGUAAUGAUGGAGCUGAGCUGAGCCCCCCAUUGCUCCUUUCAGCAUUAAUCUGUGUUCUCCUGUGUCCACUGGUGGACUGGGCUGGACACAGUCACUCUGAGAACACGCCCCAGUGUCACCAGUGGUGGCAGCUGCUCCAGCAGCAUGGAAAAGAACAGAGCAGGCCUUUAUUACAUGGACUAAAAUGUGUGAAUAUAUAUAAAUACCUGUAUUUAUAACCCUUUUAGAUCUGUAUCUGUGUAAACAGUGUUACUUAGGAAGCUAGCAGAUAAGCUUGAAGGAAUAAGGCAAAAAUGGCAUGUGCUGUCUGGUCUGAGGGUCCAUGGGAUGUCAUGGACCACUCGAGCCACCUCUUGCUCUUGAUGUACAGGUUGAGGUUCUAAAUGCUGUCUCAGAAAUUUAGGUUGCUAGUGAAACCCUUUGUUUUAAUCCCUCAGGAAUCUUUGCAAUUCCUCUUGUAACCUGUUCACCAGUUUGUGCCUUUAGGACUUUGUUUUGUGAGGAUGCUGAUUUUUCAUUGGAAAAUAUUCUUCCCUUUUUAAUACACUGCCUUUAAUACAGAGUCUUCCUCCUUUGAAACUAGGAAGGGUAGAAGUUUGAGGGUUGUUGUCCAGGCAUAGACUGGUGUGAAGGAGAAUGUUGGCAGGCUGUGUCCCUGAAUCCUUGGAGCAGCCCUUGGAUGCCAGCAUAUUUGGUGUAGAGUUUAGGAAGACCAAAGUGGGCCCUGGAGAGGAGAGGUGGCAGAGGAUGUUGGGGUACCCUGUGCUGUGCAGAAAAUGCAGGAUGGAGGAAGUUGGGAUACUUGUGGCUGGCAUACCCUGCCUGCAUCUCCUUCCCAAUAUGCUAUCAGUUGUGAGAAGAACAGAGAUUGUUCUCCUCAUGGAGAACAUGGAGAGGGAGUAAACAGGAGUUGUUUGGAUCUCUCUGUCCAUUUUCUGUCCCUGUUUCCUGGAGAUUGAACACACAGGUGCUUCCUUCCCAAAGCCAUUGCUCAGGAUCACUGCUUAGGAUGCUGUGGUGAGCACUGCUGAGUUUACUGUGUUUCUGAUGCACUGACAAGAACUUGGAAGCCACACUGGUGGCUUUGGCAAAGCCAUGGUUUCUGUAGCUCUGUCACCUAUUUCCAAAGGACCUGAAGUCUAAAACUUUUUGCCUGGAGCAACAUUAGAUGACCAGAGUGCUCAGGAUGUCUCAUCACAGCAGGAUAAAAGAUAGGCUAUGUCACUUUUAGUCAAUUCUGUAACUCUUCAGUUCAAAUGGUCUCUUUCUCACUUUUUUAAUCUUGAGAUAAGGCUGGUUGUCAUCAGCAAAAAACCAUAGGAACUUUACACUCUGAGAAUGCUCAGGAACAUUUUUGGGAUUAUAUACCAAUUAUCAUUGCAGAGUAUGAAGAAAUCGAACAAAUACUUUCUAUUUCUCUGGCAGUUUAUAGGCCAGUUAUCCAUAUUCAUCCAGGUAGAUAUGAUCCCUCCUGACAGAGGAAACCUAUAACUUACCAGGAACAAAACCUCAUCUAUCCAGCUCCCCAGGGAUGUGCCCACUGGGCUACAGCCCCUUUCCCAGUCGCUCCUCUGCUUUUUUCCCUGUUUGCUUGUGAUGCAAAGCGAGUGAUAGUCCAUGGCAAUCUACCUAAAGUCUCAUUCCUGCACAUCCUGUAUCCCAUUUGUGCACAUUCCAUAUCUUUUACACCUUGGUGCUGUGGUUUCCGCCUUUUCCCGUGAUGUCAGCACAGGAUGCAGCACUGAGAGGAGGAUUUUGUGAGUCCUGCUGUCAUCCCUGUUCACAGGGAGAGCUGCUUGGCUCUAGUGCUGUUUAAAGGCUGAGAUCUCAGGGGGUCUAUAAAGGAACCAAUACAUGUGCUUUGCUCCUGUUUUCCUCAGGAACAAACUUGCUGGGAACACCAGCAGCCCCUGGCUGCCUGCCUCGACACUGGCACCCACUGACACAGGUAUUCACACACCCUGUUCAGCCUGCCUGGUGCGCAGUGCCAGGCUGUGAGUGAUGGAGAGAUGAGUUAUCCCUCCUGCAGGGAAGCUGCAAAUGUCUGCAGCAUGUCACCUCAUCCAGGUUGGCAUGAGAAAUCCUGUUUUGUCAACGUGAUCUGCUGCAGAAAGUGGCAUUCUGUUGACUGGCAUGCUGGUGACAUAGCAGGAUAAGACUGCCAGCAGUUUUGCCCAGUGUUUUGUGGUGUGCUCACUCAGCUCUUUGAUGCUCAUGUGUAGGAUCCCACUGGGAGCUGUUGAGGGUUCCCGUUGCAAUAUUGAUGGUUGGCUCCACACCUACUUCUGAAUCUCCUUACCUGGAUUCCAGCUCUUCUGAACACCACCUAAAACAUAUGGGAGUUUCUUGUGCUUUCUUACUUCAGGAAAAGGUGGACCACCAGCAUUUUGAAGUAGCAGAUGUGCCAGAGCCAGUAGCUUGGCACUCAGAUUCAGCUCUGAGGCUGUGCUUGGUCUCAGGCUCUGUGUGUGGUGAUACUUGAGGUCUUCACUGCUGUGAAACAACAUCCCUUUUUUCUUUUUCAACUGCUAGAAGGGAGCAGAUAAAUGAGGGUAUUGACUGCAUCUCCUCCCAUGUCCUGCCUCACUCGGAGGUGACAGAAGGUGAGCUGAGGACUCCGCGUGGGCAGCUUGGUCAGGGCAGUGUUCAGCCAAGACUGGCUCUCCUCUCUUGUGUUUUGUCCAGUCACUAGUGAUGACCCUAAAGAGUAGGUAUUCCAUAUCUCCUUCCUGUCCUGAAAUAAUCAGGACAGGUGGAUUUCCUCAGCACCAAGGAACAGUUUGUGUUUGGAGGAAUGAGGGUUGGCUGUACCACUGGCUCUUGGGAAGGUUAACAUAGAGUCAUGUAAUUGGAUUGUCAGAUCCUAAUGGUUAUGGGCAAAGUCUUACACUUCACAUCAGUGUCAGUAAUUUGUCACUCUGAGAAUUGUUCCACUGGUUUAUUGGGUUUUCUUUUUUCCUUGUCAUGAGUUGAUGGUGCCUGUUCUGACCUAGAGGAUGAGGGAGGAAGCUUUCUGGAUAAAUUCAGCCCAAAAAAGGGUUAUGGAUUCAUGCAGAAACUGCUUGGUCUGUAUUUAUUAGUGGGUGACACUGGGGAAUGUGAUAGAGGUGGUUCCUAUUGUAUCUCUGUUUGCAUCUGUUGUGGUUUGUGGGGCUGGAGGGAAGUACUGGCCUUGGUUUGGGCCCCUUUGGGAUCUUUUAGCAAUGGUAGACAAUCCUAUUGGAUCAGUCUGUGGGGACUAGAAACACUUUAUUUUUUACCUAAAAUGCUCUCUUUUGGAACACUUCUUCGGUUUUGUAUUUUUUCUCAGAUUUUUCUUUGUAAAUAUGUACAUUUAUCCAUUAAUAAAUGUUAUUGCAAAUCA